UAUCGAUAGCGGACUGCGCGUGCCGCCAUUGUUCGUGCUGUAGGGUUUUAAGUCUCGCCGCCACCGCCUAAACCCGCCGUCUCCGUUUAAAGCCCAAACCCUCGCCGUCUCCGGCUAAAGCCUAAACCUCGCCGUCUCUACUGUUUGUGAUGGAUUCAAAGAACAAUAGCGCCUACGCGUCUCUCCAAGAGCUCGUGAAGCACCACAUCGAAUCCUUUGAUUACUUCCUUGACGAAGGGCUAGAGAAGGCUAUCAUGGCUAUCACACCCAUCCAUAUUGUGGACCCACUAACUGGGUCGAAGCUAAAAAUAUUUUUGAAGAAGCCCUACUUGUAUCCUCCUACGAGGAGUGGACGCCUGGGUGCACCUAACUUUCCCACCGAGUGCAGGCAAGCAAAGUCCACGUAUCGAGCUGUCUUCAAAAUAGACGUUGGCUUCCAGUAUGAUGGAGGAGCCGUCAUAGGACAGAAAAUUAGCUUCGGGCAUGUGCCGAUUAUGUUGAUGUCAAAACUUUGCCAUUUAAGAGGACUUGCGCCUCAGAAAUUAGUUCACCAUAAAGAGGAGGCAAGUGAAGUGGGCGGAUACUUUAUAAUUAAUGGAUUGGAGCGCGUUAGCCGGCCUUUGAUGAUUCAAAAGCGUAAUUAUCCAAUGACUGUGGUUCGUCAGACCUUUAUUGGUCGAGGAAAUGGUUUCAGCAAUAAAGCAGUUAGUAUAAGGUGUGUUCGAGAGGAUCAGUCUUCCGUUGUCCUCACUUUGUAUUACCUUCAUAAUGGAAGUCCUAGAGUUGGUUUUCGGAUAGCUGGGAGGGAGUAUUUGCUUCCAGUUGGCCUUGUUUUGAAGGCUCUCAUUGAAACUACUGAUUAUGAAAUAUCUGUGAGCUUGAGCUGCUGCUUUAUUGAAAAGUACAGAAAGGACAAAGGUGCUGUUAGUGCUCCACUUAUGAGAGAAAGGGCUAGGACAAUUCUGGAUGAUAUAGAAUUCAGGACCCGUAAUGAAUGCCUUGAACACAUUGGAAUUCUAUUCAGACCUGCGUUAUCUAAAUUUGAUACUGAAAGUGAUACUUUUGUUGGUGAAGCUGUUCUGAGAGACUACAUUCUGGUGCAUCUUAAUAACAACCAUGAAAAGUUUAAUUUAUUGAUUUUUAUGCUGCAGAAGCUCUUUGCGCUUGUUGAUCAGAAUGCUGCCCCUGAUAAUGUGGAUGCUCUACAAAAUAUGGAGGUUCUGCUUAUUGGACAUAUUAUGACCAUCUAUCUUAAGGAAAAGUUGGAAGAAUGGUUGCUAAAGGGAAAGCGUCAGAUCAUUGAUGAAAUGAACAAGAAAGCAAAAGAUUUUGAAUUUAGAAAUUUACUGCUUAUUAAUAAAAUCGUUAGCUACAAUGGGAGAGGAGUUGGCGGAUCUAUUGAGAGCAUGAUCAAAAGUGGACGACUGGCCACAUUAUCUGGUCUAAAUAUGCUUGAGAGACAAGGAUUCACUAUUCCUGCAGAGAGGCUCAACUAUCUUCGUUUUAUUUCACACUUUCGUUCUGUUCACAGAGGAUCUUCUUUUGCUAAAAUGAGAAGUACAACUGUUCGCAAAUUACUACCAGAGUCUUGGGGUUUCCUUUGCCCGGUUCACACGCCUGAUGGGACACCUUGUGGUUUGUUGAAUCACAUGACUUCUCCAUGUCGAGUUUCAUCUUUCUAUGACAUAAAUGGACAAUUAAAAGAUUUUCUUAAAAUUCGGAUGUCCAUUCUAGCUGUUUUGAUUGCACUUGGAAUGACUCCUCUACAACCAAGGCUUGAGCAUACCGGUCCUCCUGAAGUUCUUCAUGUUUUGUUAGAUGGUUGUGUUGUGGGUUUCGUUGCUUCUGCCAAAGUAGAGAAAGCAGUGAUGCAUUUACGGAGCUUGAAAGUUGCCUCAUCUUCCGGUAUUCCGGAUGAUCUGGAAGUAGGAUUUGUACCAUCAAGUGAGGGUGGAGCCUACCCAGGAUUGUAUCUUGCUACAUCUCCUUCUAGAUUGAUUCGGCCCGUUAGAAAUAUUUCCUGCACUCCUGAUCGAAAAGCCGAUAUUGAGUUUAUAGGCCCAUUUGAACAGGCUUUCAUGGAGAUUAGUUGCCCUGAUGGUGGAAAUGGGGGAAGAAGAGAAUUCUUCCCCGAAACUCAUGAAGAGAUCCAUCCAACUGGAAUGCUCAGUAUUGUUGCAAAUCUUACUCCGUGGUCUGAUCACAAUCAAAGUCCUCGUAAUAUGUACCAAUGCCAGAUGGCAAAGCAAACAAUGGGAUUUUCAGGCCAAGCGUUACAGUUCCGUGCAGAUAUCAAGACAUAUCAUCUACAGACACCUCAAUCGCCCAUUGUGCGGACUGCUUCAUAUAAUAAGUUCUGCCUGGAUGAAUUUCCAGUUGGGACUAACGCAAUAGUUGCUGUUCUAGCUUACUCUGGCUAUGAUAUGGAGGAUGCCAUGAUUUUAAACAAAUCCGCUGUUGAGCGUGGGCUUUUCCGUGGACAUAUAUACCAG